AUGGGCCGCAAAAUCGAGAUGAAGAAGAUCGUCGAUGUUACCAAAUGUCAGGUAACAUUCUCGAAGCGUCGCAGCAGUCUAAUGAAGAAGGCCAACGAAGUGGCUGUAUGCUGCGAUGCCGAUGUUGCUUUCAUCGCAUUUUCUCCUUCUGGCCGUGUGAGCAAAUAUUCCAAUCUAAAGAAGAUUGAAGAUUUGCUAUAUCGCUAUGUGAAUCUGCCGGCGGACAAGAGAUUGCACAACAUAAGCAACGUGCAGAAUCUUGAGCUGCAAAUCAAGAAAUCUGCUCUAGAAUUGCAAAUUCUAGAAACCGACAUCAGGGACUAUGAAAUUGCCCCUGACCAAGAGCCUUCAUUGCACCAAUUGUCUUGGUGCGAGAGAAACUUGAACCAGUCUCUACAAAGGGUCAUUGCCCGAAAGUUGGACUUGAUCUCUUCUGCUAACAAGGGCAAGCAAGUGCCAGUAGCAGAAAACCCUAACUCCAGCCAAGUCUUCAGGCAAAAUGAUCCUUGGACUGGUCCUUCUAGUGCCAGAGCUCGGGAAAGCAUGUUCAAUGACUUCCAAAGAAAUGAGAACAUGUUUUCAACAGAUCUAAACAGAGCUCCAUUUCACCAAUCCCCAUCACUCCAUGCUACUUCAGAGCAUUGCAUGACGGAUCCACCUGUAUUCCAAUACCAAGAUCAAAACAAUGCUCAAGCAAUGAAGCAAUCACUGCCCAUGGAUCAACCCUUUCCCUUCUUCAACUUCAAUGAGCCAGACAAUGCUGAUGCAUACAAUGCCAAUGCCAAUGCCGAUGGCGAUGGCGAUGCCGAUGCAUAUGUAGGUGCAUCUUCUAUAAGUGUGCUCUUUUCAGAUUCUGCUAACAUGUCCACUCUGGACUCAAGCGGCAUCCAAUUAGACCCUAGGCCGAGCACGGGAAUGUCAACGUCAAACCCUAGCACAUCGGAAGUCCCGCGGACCGUCUUCGACGAGAUGGGAAUGCUGACGUCCGACUUGAUGGGCCAAUUUAGGCACAUGGACAAGAGCGAACAGGCCGAGAACACUAUAUUCACCUAUGGCGACAAUGCCGGGGAUGAAUAUAGUGUAGCUUAUGGGACCACAAGCAUGGACCAACAAGGUCCAUCUAGUGUGACACAACAGAAGGAGCCAAGUCAAGUGCCUCCAUUUGACAAUAGUCUUUUGGAGGAAACUAGGGAAGAUCAGUCACAAUGGGACAUGAACCAACAAAAGAACAAUGGUCUAUGGGAGUGGGAUGAUUUUCUUCUUGAUGAAAAUUUUAAUUUCCAUAAUUUCCCCCCACCCUAG